AUUGGGUGUGUUCGUUUGUUUAAAUAUGUAUAAAUAUCAAUUAAUGGCGUUUAAGGAAUCGAAGCGAAUUAGUGUCUGCUCUUGGGUUCUCUGCUCAAGAGCUGUCGGUGUAAACAGUCAUAAACAACUCUCUCAGGCUUCUGACUCCUUUUCUUUAUCAAAAAUUUUGGGGCUUUUCGGGAUUUUUCAGGUCACUUUCAAUAAAUUUUUAAUUCUAAGGUUGGUUGUAUUUAUGGGUCGGAUUGUUCGAGCUUGAGAAAUGAAAUGCUGAGCUGGGCUUAGUGUCGGAUUGAAGCCAGGGGAGGCUGGGUGUUCUGUGAUUAUCAACCUUUAGCAAGAUCUGCCUUCUUGGGUUUUCAGAAUGAUCAAUGUUAGAGCAGUUGCAUGGAUAAAUAUUCUACUCUGUGCACUGGUUGCUUUGAAGGUGAAUGGCGUCAAUGUUGGAAUUACUUAUGUUGAAACUGCUGUAGCAAAGGGAGCAGUAUGCUUGGAUGGGAGCCCACCGGCAUACCACCUUGAUAAAGGUUUUGGCUCAGGGAUUAACAACUGGUUGGUUCACAUUGAGGGAGGAGGGUGGUGUAACAAUGUUACAACUUGUCUUGCUCGCAAGAAUACGCGUUUAGGUUCCUCUAAGCAAAUGUUGACAGAAAUUGCAUUCUCCGGGAUUCUAAGCAACAAGCAACAAUUUAACCCAGAUUUCUAUAAUUGGAACAGAGUCAAGGUCCGGUAUUGUGAUGGAGCAUCAUUUACUGGAGAUGUUGAGGCAGUAGAUCCAACCACCAAUCUUCACUACAGAGGAGCAAGGGUUUGGCUUGCUGUUAUAGAGGACCUGCUAGAGAAAGGGAUGAAAAAUGCUGAAUAUGCCCUUCUUUCUGGCUGUUCAGCUGGUGGUUUGACAUCCAUUCUGCACUGUGAUAGCUUCCGUGCACUGCUGCCUAUGGGUGUCAAAGUAAAAUGUCUUGCAGAUGCUGGUUAUUUUAUCAAUGCGAAAGAUGUAUCUGGAACAGAACACAUACAGGCCUUCUAUGAUGAUGUGGUGACAACCCAUGGAUCAUCAAAGAAUUUACCUGCGUCUUGCACUUCAACAAUGAAACCUAGUAUGUGCUUUUUCCCACAAUACAUGGAACAAGGAAUCCGUACACCACUUUUUCUAUUAAAUGCAGCAUAUGAUUCUUGGCAGAUAAAGAAUAUUUUGGCACCAGGUGUUGCUGAUCCCCAUGGCUACUGGCACAAUUGCAAGCUUGAUAUCAAGAACUGUUCACCCAGUCAAAUCCAAACCAUGCAAGGUUUCAGGGUGGAGUUUUUAAAUGCAUUGUCAGGACUUGGGAACUCUUCUCCGAGAGGAAUGUUUAUUAACUCUUGCUAUGCCCACUGCCAAUCUGAAAUGCAAGAAACAUGGUUAAGAGAUGACUCUCCAGUUCUUGAUAAAACACCAAUUGCAAAGGCAGUUGGAGACUGGUAUUAUGACCGAAGCCCCUUCCAGAAGAUCGAUUGUCCUUAUCCCUGUGAUGCAACUUGCCACAACCGCAUUUUUGACCCAAAUGAACAUCCAGGACUAUAGCUUACAAUUCUCAUAUAGACACCAAUCUCUAUUAACAAGCCAUACCCAUAGAUAAAUCAUGAUCAAAUUACAGCAAAUUAAUGAUCAACCAUAUUGUCUGAGUAACCAAAGGUCACCACAGCACUAAACUCAAGUGUCAGGUGCUUUGCAUUAUAUUAUUGUAUGUUUCCGUAAAUGGAAAAAAUAAGGUCUAGAAAUCAGGAAAUAAAAUCUAAAUUCCUGUUCCAUGGAAUGACUGAUAAGAUUCAUUACCAUGCCGGUAUAUCACAUAAAGAUCAUGACUGUAUUAUUAUGUAUUUGAUGAUUAUUCGAGCAAUAAAAAAUCAAAUUAUUUUGGUUAUUGCUCGUUUUUUAGUAUCUUGUUAUUAUUACAUGGUUGAUUA